AUGUUCCCGUAUAUACCCGACAUCGAAAAUCAAUUUCCGGUUAAGCUGAGCAUAGAGGACGUCCUCGCUAUACAGAAUCUGUACGGGUCUCACGACGAUGGAAACUAUCCAACGAUUCCCACAACCACCAUAGCACCCGCGACGACGACGAGCGUCGAGCCGACCGACCCCGCGCGCGCGGAUCUCUGCGCAUUGCGGCGCAUAGAUGCGGCGUUAAUAAUGAAUCGUCGCUUGUACAUAGCUAAUCGCCGCAACGUAUGGUCGGUCGACAUAACCGAGAGACGCUACGGUAGACCCAUGAAGUUGACGGAUUACGCGACGUUUCUUCCGGCGAAUCUCACGCGCCUGUCCGCCGCAUAUCGAAAACCCUCGGGCGAUCUCGCGCUAUUUGUUAACGAUUCGAUCUACGUCGCGGAAUAUCCCAGUUUUAAGCUAAAACCUGGUUGGCCUAGAUCUCUCCACGAUAUCGGACUUCCCCGAGACGCUAAGAUCAACGCCGCGAUAAACACGCAUACGGGACGAACCUACGCGAUCUACGACGACGACAAAGUAGCGGAGAUCGACGAAUGUUGCGUGAUAGCCGUUAGACACGCUCCGUUGAAAGAUAUAUUUCCAGGAAUACUGCCCGCGAUAACAUCGGCCUACCGACACAUUGACGGUAACCUAUAUUUUUUCGCAAAGCAUCAAUUCUACGCGUUCAACAAAUUCACGAAUAUCGUGACCUUCACGUACUCGGUAUCGAGUGUCCUACGGACGGAUUGUUGCGACAAUUGCGCGAUCUUCUGA